AUGACAGGUCUCAAAAUGUUGCUGCUGCUAGCGGUUGUCAACCGGGUGAUGGCGGCCGGAAUUUCCGUCGAUGAACUCGCGAGGAGAAUCGACGGAAUAUUGCGAGUGAAACGUGAGCUACUCGACACUGAUCCAGGUCCAAAUAUAGCUCACGAAUAUGUGAGCGGAAUCGAUGAGAUAUUGCGAAUAAAACGUGAGUUGCCUGAUGUUAGUUCUGGUCCUAUUGAGAUCAGUGUUGAUGGGGUCCACGAAUGGAGGGCCCCAGGCCCAUUUGAUGAGCGGGGCCCUUGUCCGGGUUUGAACGCCCUGGCAAACCACGGCUACAUCCCGCGCAGUGGUGUGGUCAGUAUUGGCGAAGCCACCUCAGCGUGCUGGGGAGUCCUAGGAAUGGGGUUAGACGCUGCCCUUGUCCUCAGCGUCUACGCCAGUCUCGUCUGUGGCCUCCUUCCUUCAUUCAGUAUCGGAGGCAAAUCCAAAAACAAUUCCCUGGGCCUUGGCGACUGCCAAGGGCUCAAAAAUACUCACAACAGGAUGGAGGGCGAUGUUUCGCCGACGCGGAGGGACAAAUACGUUGAUGGUGACUCUACACAUCUCUAUCUUCCCUAUUUCAAGCAACUCCUGGAUAUGACGACGAACGAUACCAUCACCUAUGAAAAUAUGACGAAUUUUCGCAAGACUCGGCUAAUGAAUAGCAUCAACACGAAUCCUUAUUUACUUAUCAAUCCCGUCACAUUCUUUCUUGCUAUCCUUACGUACUUACUACCCCUUCGGUGCUUGUUCAAAUCAAACUACCCAUCGUGCACUCCAAAACCGUGCAUCGAUCAUGGGACGAUGAUGUCAUUCUUCGCGGUCAGCAGAAAUGACAAUGGUAGUUUGGCGUACUUUGCAGGCCACGAACAAAUCCCAGAAAAUUGGUACAGAGUUCCCUAUGGAGAAGAGUACGACCUUAAAAAGGCGAAUGAAGAUGUCAUCGCCACGAUAGUGAAUGAUCCGACUUUACUUAAAUUCGGGGGCAACACUGGCGAGAAUAAUUCCUUUGUUGGUGUCGAUGUCGGUGACCUAUCGGGUGGCCUUUACAAUGCCAAGAAUCUUUUAGAAGGCAAUAAUUUGCAAUGUUUUAUAUAUCAGAAUCUACAAUUAACGGCCCUCAGUUCAUUGACAGCGAUCUUCGGCAAAGUUACUGAAAGUAUUACCCCCGUUGUCGAAAAAUUGUUAGACACAAUAUUCGGGGGCAAGCUCACACUUGGCUGCCCAAAAUUGCAAGAUCAACCAUCACUCUUCUCUGGGUUCCCAGGCUACAGCAUGUCUAACGCGUCCUGCUCGGCCAACACGACUGGUUAUGACUGA